CUCUCCCUCUCUCUCUGUCUCUCUCUUUUCUUUCUUUCUGAUGGGGAAGGGAGGGUGGUGACAAGUUAGAAACGCCUGCGGCAGGUCCCCGCCCCCAGGAUCAGGCUCCCCCUGCAAGGGGACGAUGCAAAGGUAAAAACACCUUGCUCCGCAGCAUCCAGACCUGGAGGGGCUGCGACCACGGGCCGAGCCCACCCAUUCCCCAGCCAAAGGACAGGCCCGCCGCUCUCCAUGGUACUGCGGAGAGCUCAGCUCCGCCCUUCUCUUUCAGAAGGACAGCACCCGGCGUCACGUAACCCAGCCUUCUCAGGCUCCACCACCGCCUUUUCCUUCCCAGCUCUUUCCCUCUCCUCCCCCUCCUCCUCCUUCUCCUCCUCCUCCUCCUGCUCCCCUCCGUUGCCUGUUCUCCCCUCCCGCACUCCUGGAGAUAGACGCUCAAGCCUGACGCCUCUGAAAAGGCAGCAGCAGUCGCCUUAUCCAUAGACCUCAGGAAAUUCGCUUUGACCGAUGCAUGCUUCAGGCUCUGGCUCAAGCUAAGGGGAAUAACCGGGCAGAUAUCUGGGUCCUUAAAAAAGACAAGAUACAAGCAAAGUGCAUCACCAACACACAGCCAAUUGAUGUGCUGUCAUCUUAGUUUGGCCCUGCAGAGGCGGAGAGAAAAGAAGAGGAGCUGUUCCGAUUUCCACAUCUAACAGCUUCUGGCUAUUUCGCAACUGCUGGGUUUGAGUCCUACUGUUGCUGUGGUUGAAAAGAAAAGUAAAAUCCAACUUGUGAGACCAUGCACAAGGAAUUAGGCUUGGCUGGAGCGAUGCUGAAGCCCAUGCUAUGACAGAAGAAGCUGGCCUUUGAACCUAUCGGGUUAGGAAGUGGUGCCCAAAGAGGCAAGCGUCCCUUUCUCCGUUCUGCUUUAAGACAACACAUCUGAAGGAGACACACUUGAGGCACUCACAAGCAUCCAAGGAUACUGGCUCACUGCUGGUUUCCUGCACUUUCUAGAGAAAAGUGUUUGCUUUUUAUUGACUCUCACUGCUUCCUUUUGGCCUGGUACCACUGGUGGAACCUGGCAGAUAAUGGGAUUUGAGGAGUUAAGUAUCUGUUGACACCACAGAUGCUCUUAAAUUAGUUAAUCAGACUCAAAUGGGUCAGUGCUUUCCCUUGAUCUUUUGUUGAAGCCUUUUCCAGAACGUUGCCUCCAAAGUGCAUCCUCCCUUUGGUCUGGAAGUUCUGUGGCUACCCUGUACCACUGGGGUCAACGUUUUUCAGUUGGAAGAGGACUACAGGGAGAGAGGGAGGGGUUAUUGGAAGAAGAAGAAGAAAAAAAGAACUAAAUAAAGGCGGGCACAUCCGUCCCACUCCCGCCUUUCCCCUUACCUUUCUGUGUCUCGGGACCCUUAUUUCUUCGUCACGGUGUCCAGGACCAUUUUGACCCUGUCGGCCCCGGCACCCCCCCGCCGCACCCCAGCCCCGAGCAUGGGGACGGCGCUGCUUCAGCGCGGGGGCUGCUUUCUUCUGUGCCUCUCGCUGCUGCUCCUGGGCUGCUGGGCGGAGCUGGGCAGCGGGCUGGAGUUUCCGGGCGCCGAGGGCCAAUGGACGCGCUUCCCCAAGUGGAACGCCUGCUGCGAGAGCGAGAUGAGCUUCCAGCUCAAGACGCGCAGCGCCCGCGGCCUCGUGCUCUACUUCGACGACGAGGGCUUCUGCGACUUCCUAGAGCUGAUCCUGACGCGCGGCGGCCGCCUGCAGCUCAGCUUCUCCAUCUUCUGCGCUGAGCCCGCGACGCUCCUGGCCGACACCCCGGUUAACGACGGCGCCUGGCACAGCGUGCGCAUCCGCCGCCAGUUCCGCAACACCACGCUCUUCAUCGACCAGGUGGAGGCCAAGUGGGUGGAGGUCAAGUCCAAGCGCAGGGACAUGACGGUGUUCAGCGGCCUUUUCGUCGGGGGGCUGCCCCCGGAACUGCGCGCCGCUGCGCUCAAGCUCACCCUGGCCUCCGUGAGGGAGCGGGAGCCCUUCAAAGGGUGGAUUCGUGACGUGAGGGUCAACUCCUCACAGGUCCUGCCCGUGGACAGCGGCGAGGUGAAGCUGGACGACGAGCCGCCCAACAGCGGUGGGGGAAGCCCGUGCGAGGCGGGCGAGGAGGGCGAGGGCGGGGUGUGCCUCAACGGAGGCGUGUGCUCCGUGGUGGACGACCAGGCCGUGUGCGACUGCUCGCGAACCGGCUUCCGCGGCAAGGACUGCAGCCAAGAAGACAACAAUGUGGAAGGUCUGGCGCACCUGAUGAUGGGCGACCAAGGUAAAAGUAAAGGAAAAGAAGAAUAUAUUGCCACGUUCAAGGGAUCUGAAUACUUCUGCUACGACUUGUCUCAAAACCCCAUUCAAAGCAGCAGUGAUGAAAUAACUCUGUCAUUUAAAACCCUUCAGAGGAAUGGACUGAUGCUUCACACUGGGAAAUCAGCUGAUUAUGUCAAUCUUGCCCUGAAAAAUGGAGCUGUCUCUCUGGUCAUUAAUUUGGGAUCAGGGGCCUUUGAAGCACUAGUGGAGCCUGUGAAUGGAAAGUUUAAUGAUAAUGCCUGGCAUGAUGUGAAAGUCACCAGGAAUCUGCGUCAGCACUCAGGCAUUGGACACGCUAUGGUGACAAUAUCAGUGGAUGGGAUUCUUACCACAACGGGCUACACGCAAGAAGAUUAUACCAUGCUGGGGUCUGAUGACUUUUUCUAUGUUGGAGGCAGUCCCAGCACAGCCGACCUUCCAGGGUCACCAGUCAGUAACAACUUUAUGGGCUGUCUCAAAGAGGUUGUGUAUAAAAAUAAUGAUGUGAGGCUGGAAUUAUCUCGACUUGCCAAGCAAGGAGAUCCUAAGAUGAAGAUCCAUGGAGUGGUGGCAUUUAAAUGUGAGAAUGUUGCAACUUUAGACCCAAUCACCUUUGAAACCCCAGAGUCUUUCAUCUCUUUGCCUAAAUGGAACGCAAAGAAAACAGGCUCCAUAUCAUUUGAUUUCCGUACAACAGAACCAAAUGGCCUCAUCUUAUUUAGCCAUGGCAAGCCAAGACAUCAAAAAGAUGCCAAGCACCCACAGAUGAUAAAGGUGGACUUCUUUGCUAUUGAGAUGCUAGAUGGCCACCUCUACCUCCUCCUGGACAUGGGGUCAGGUACUAUAAAAAUAAAAGCCCUGUUGAAGAAAGUGAAUGAUGGAGAAUGGUAUCAUGUGGAUUUCCAAAGAGAUGGACGGUCAGGUACCAUUUCUGUCAACACAUUGCGUACUCCCUACACUGCUCCUGGUGAGAGUGAGAUUCUGGACCUGGAUGAUGAGUUGUACCUGGGGGGCCUGCCAGAAAAUAAAGCUGGCCUUGUCUUCCCCACCGAGGUGUGGACUGCUCUGCUCAACUAUGGCUACGUGGGCUGCAUCAGGGAUUUGUUCAUCGAUGGCCAAAGCAAAGAUAUCCGGCAAAUGGCUGAAGUUCAAAGUACAGCUGGAGUGAAGCCCUCCUGCUCAAGGGAAACAGCAAAACCGUGCCUUAGCAACCCUUGCAAAAACAAUGGCAUGUGCAGGGAUGGGUGGAACAGAUAUGUCUGUGAUUGUUCCGGAACAGGCUAUCUUGGCAGGUCAUGUGAGAGAGAGGCAACGGUUUUGAGCUAUGAUGGGAGCAUGUUUAUGAAAAUUCAGCUCCCUGUAGUCAUGCACACGGAGGCUGAGGAUGUUUCCUUACGGUUCCGAUCCCAGCGUGCAUAUGGCAUUCUGAUGGCAACCACUUCUAGAGACUCUGCUGACACCCUCCGCCUGGAGCUAGAUGCAGGACGUGUGAAACUGACGGUCAAUCUAGAUUGUAUCAGGAUUAACUGUAAUUCCAGCAAAGGUCCCGAGACUCUUUUUGCCGGCUAUAACCUCAAUGAUAACGAGUGGCACACAGUGCGUGUAGUUCGGCGUGGAAAAAGUUUAAAGUUAACGGUGGAUGACCAACAGGCCAUGACAGGUCAAAUGGCAGGUGAUCAUACUAGGCUGGAGUUCCAUAACAUAGAGACUGGCAUCAUCACAGAACGACGGUAUCUUUCUUCUGUCCCCUCCAACUUCAUUGGACACCUGCAGAGCCUGACAUUUAAUGGAAUGGCAUACAUUGAUCUGUGUAAAAAUGGCGACAUAGAUUACUGUGAGCUCAAUGCCAGAUUUGGCUUCAGGAACAUCAUAGCAGAUCCUGUCACCUUCAAGACCAAAUCGAGCUAUGUUGCCUUAGCUACCUUGCAAGCCUACACUUCUAUGCAUCUUUUUUUCCAGUUCAAGACAACAUCCCUAGAUGGACUAAUUCUAUAUAACAGUGGGGAUGGAAAUGACUUUAUUGUGGUUGAAUUAGUUAAAGGGUACUUACAUUACGUGUUUGAUUUGGGAAAUGGUGCUAACCUCAUCAAAGGAAGCUCAAAUAAACCUCUCAAUGACAAUCAGUGGCACAAUGUGAUGAUAUCAAGGGACACCAGCAACCUCCACACUGUAAAGAUUGACACAAAAAUCACAACGCAAAUCACCGCCGGAGCCAGGAACUUAGACCUCAAGAGUGACUUAUAUAUAGGAGGAGUAGCUAAAGAAACAUACAAAUCCUUACCAAAACUUGUACAUGCCAAAGAAGGCUUUCAAGGCUGCCUGGCAUCAGUUGAUUUAAAUGGACGGCUUCCGGACCUCAUCUCAGAUGCUCUUUUCUGCAAUGGACAGAUCGAGAGAGGAUGUGAAGGCCCCAGCACAACCUGCCAAGAGGACUCAUGUUCCAAUCAAGGUGUGUGCUUGCAACAAUGGGAUGGCUUCAGCUGUGACUGUAGUAUGACUUCCUUCAGUGGACCACUCUGCAAUGACCCUGGGACAACGUAUAUCUUUAGCAAAGGUGGUGGACAAAUCACGUAUAAGUGGCCUCCUAAUGACCGACCCAGUACACGAGCAGACAGACUGGCCAUAGGGUUUAGCACUGUUCAGAAAGAAGCAGUAUUGGUGCGAGUGGACAGUUCUUCAGGCUUGGGUGACUACCUAGAACUGCAUAUACACCAGGGAAAAAUUGGAGUUAAGUUUAAUGUUGGGACAGAUGACAUUGCCAUUGAAGAGUCCAAUGCAAUCAUUAAUGAUGGGAAAUACCAUGUAGUUCGUUUCACGAGGAGUGGUGGCAAUGCCACGUUACAGGUGGACAGCUGGCCAGUGAUCGAGCGCUACCCUGCAGGAAACAAUGAUAACGAGCGCCUGGCGAUUGCUAGACAGCGAAUUCCAUAUCGACUUGGUCGAGUAGUUGAUGAAUGGCUACUCGACAAAGGGCGUCAGCUCACAAUCUUCAAUAGCCAAGCAACCAUAAUAAUUGGCGGGAAAGAGCAGGGCCAGCCCUUCCAGGGCCAGCUCUCUGGGCUUUACUACAAUGGCUUGAAAGUUCUGAAUAUGGCAGCCGAAAACGAUGCCAACAUCGCCAUAGUGGGAAAUGUGAGACUGGUUGGUGAAGUGCCUUCCUCUAUGACAACUGAGUCGACAGCCACUGCCAUGCAAUCAGAGAUGUCCACAUCAAUUAUGGAGACUACCACGACCCUGGCUACUAGCACAGCCAGAAGAGGAAAGCCCCCGACAAAAGAACCCAUUAGCCAGACCACAGAUGACAUCCUUGUGGCCUCAGCAGAGUGUCCCAGUGAUGAUGAGGACAUUGACCCCUGUGAGCCGAGCUCAGCCAACCCAACCCGAGCAGGCGGCAGAGAGCCGUACCCAGGCUCAGCAGAAGUGAUCCGGGAGUCCAGCAGCACCACGGGUAUGGUCGUUGGGAUAGUAGCUGCUGCCGCCCUGUGCAUCCUUAUCCUCCUCUAUGCCAUGUACAAGUACAGAAACCGGGAUGAAGGCUCAUACCAUGUGGACGAGAGUCGAAACUACAUCAGUAACUCAGCGCAGUCCAAUGGGGCUGUCGUAAAGGAGAAACAACCCAGCAGUGCGAAAAGCGCCAACAAAAAUAAGAAAAACAAGGAUAAAGAGUAUUAUGUCUGAUCCCAAGAUCUUAAAUGGACACUUGUAUAGAAAUAGUCUUCAUUUUAUCUGAGACAUAAUAUAAACUUAUUUACUUUCCUUUUUAUGAAGCACAUACAAAAGAAGACAGGGAAUGCAAUCAGGAAGGAAAGACUUUUUAAAAAAUAAAAACAAGUAUCUCAUGCUCUUGUUUCUCAAAAAAGAAAAACAAAAAACAAAAAGUAGGGGCCAAUAAAUUCCCUAACAUCCACAGUGUUUUCAUUUACUCUGCUUGUCUUUAUGUUGCUGGAACAUUUCUAAAAGACAGUGAUGACCGCACGCAUUCAUAAAGCAAAGGAGUAUUACAGCAUCAAGGCACAACACAGAAACCAACACAAAGCAUAACACAAAAAAGAAGCUACCUAUGAUCCUGGAUUUAGCCAAAGUGCUAGCGCUUUCCUGAGAAGUCAGUUAGUCCAAUUGCCAGAGAAGACUGUCCUUUUGAGUGACUCAACCUGCAAACCUUUAAGAGUUUGCCGCCUGGUGCAACUGGAGCAGUGGUUGGAACUUGCAUUUGAAACAAAGUGCUGGCUUUUUUGAAGACUUGUGUAGGAACACAUUCAAAAAGCCCCUUUCUGGUUGUGAGAGAGGAAAAAAAGUAUGGAGGCCUUAUUUUCAAAAAUGUGAAAUAUAAGGCACAUUUUCACACAAAAUUUCAAAACAAAAACAAGAGGGCAUAGAUGCAAUCAUUGGGAAAUUUUCAUGCACGCUUAUUAUGUUAUUACAUAUGUUUAUAUAAAAUCCAUCUCUGUGUGCUUUCUGGACUGUGAUAAGUGACGUUUUAUAGCCUGUUGUAUAGAAAAUGCAAAAUAUAUCUCUGCUCUUCAGCCAUUUUUGGUAAAUUCAAUGUUAUAAGUGUUGCUAAGUAUAGGGAGUUUUAUGACAUCAGAGCAACAAUUAUUUCAUUUGGUUUUUUUUUUCUUUGCCACCAUUAUAAAUUGCCACAAUUACUUACUUUUAUUUUUUAAAGAAAUUACAGUGUAGUGUUUAUUCUAAGGAAGAUAUGUAUGAAUGUAUAUAAAAAGACUCAGCUACUUUUUUUCUUAUAUGUACAGCCUUCAUUCUGUUGCAAUUGAGUUUUAGUACUUGUAUGAAAGGUGUGAAUUAGAAAGUCAAAUAUAUACAUAUGUAUCUUAUAAUCUUUUCUCCCUGAAAUACAUUCCCACAUACAUUCACUAUUUUCACACACACACACACACACACACACGAAUCCACAGCAAUCCAUCAGAUGUACUAGAAGAUCCAAACGUGCAUACAGUAGCAAAUAUUUAUUGACAUAUUGAAAAGCAGGAAGGAAGAGGGUUGUGCCAAGGUAUUGACGACAAAUGGGGUGAUUUGCUUCAUUGAGAUCUUGCUCCCAGGUAACCCCAAGAAGAUUUUAGUCCCUAAUGAAAUGAACCUUUCCUUAUCAAAUAGAAUAUCACUGAUAUACUGCUGCAUGAAUAAGAACCAUUAUGUGGGCAGGUUAUGGAAGCAAAAUUGAUUAAUCUACACCUUAACUCUGGCUGCUGCAAUUGAAAACUUUCUUUCUAGUAAAGUAAUAUAUAUAUUCUCUGAAUCUGAUGUGCAUGAUGAACAUUUCUGGAAAGUAAACAUUUUCUCAACUAAGAAAGUAUUUUUCAGUAAUUUUUUAUUCUGUAUUACCCAUUUAAGAAAAUCAUUCUCUGUUAAUUAUUGACUAUGUUUUAACUUUUCUGGUUUUACAUAUAUAUCAUUAAAUAUAGUUUUAGUUUAACACAUUAAGUAGUAGAAAAGUAUAGAGUAUACACUUGUUUUUGCAUAUUAUUCACUGAUGUUCACAGCAAUAAAUUAUUAAUAUGAGAAGGUAGUGCAAAAGAAAUGCAUUAUUAGAUUGCAAGUUGAUGCUUCAGUAAAAAUUGGUUGCAUUACUUGAAUACCUUCUAAAAGAGCGAUAAUAAAUUUUGUAGAAGAGAAGAAUACCUUUACAAUUAGCUUUAAUCAGCAAAGGCAAAAAAUGCAAAACAUCUUUUGUGAUACUUUAGUUGAUGAAAAAAAGCCAAGAAGUGGCCUGGAUUUCAGAUAUACAGCACCUUAGAAAUAUGUAUAAUUCAUAGCAAAUCACCACUAUCUAUGGAUGCCAAGUAAUUGUUGUGAAAGAAUCUUAAUGGCUUUUUAUGACCCAGAAAGUAGAAGGUAUACAAUGAAAAUUUAAUAUCCAUUACUUCUUUUCUAGAUUUUCUUUUUUUUUUAAUUUGCCACAUUAAAGAAUUCAUGAGUCUUUUCUUUUCCCCUGUCUCAUUCAGUCUUACUCAGGGAAAGCCAGUAAAAUAAGAAGGGAAGUGUAAAACUACUAAUUUACAGCUUGAAGGUUUUUUGUUUUGUUUUGUUUUGUUUUGUUUUUAAGGUUGCUUUUCUAUUUUAUCUAUUAAGCUUGAACCAGUUUCCAUCUGGAUAGAUUCUAAAAUAUAAUAGAAAAUAAAUUGAAUAAUGGUAAUUUUAAGCAGUAUAUCUAUGAAAUGUGUUGUUUGGGAUUGAUUUCAAUGUUUCUCCCCAGCAUAAAUUCUAAAGUUACAUGCAAUGAUAUAGUUUAUUAUCAGUAAGAUUAUUUCUAAUAUUAUUGGCUUACACAAACUCACUCUAGCAAAACUUAUUUUUUUCCUGAAUGGAAAAAGAAAAGAGGGGAACAGAGUUAGAAGGAGAAAAUGACUUGAAUCCCAAGUAUCUUCAUACCAAACAUAUCAGGGUUCCAUGCAUAGUUUGCAGUUGAUUGAGGAUUUCACACUACUUGGCAUAAAUUUCAUUACAUCUCUAGACUGUAACUUUUCUGAUUGAUUAUGCUUCUUUUUUAUCCAUGUAAUGUAUUGCCUUUUUUAAAACAACAAAUACUACAAUAAUGUGUGAAGUGGUCAAUCCCUAAAACAUCAAAGACAGGCCACAAAACCCUACCCUUCUAGUGCUUUGUGUGAUUGGGUAUCUAAGGGGUUUUCUUCUUCUUUUUUUAUUUGUUUGUUUUUCUGUUGCAAGGCCAAUUUAUCCAUUAUUGGAAAUGCUAAGCAAGUGGAACUUACUGUUUUGUUAAUAAAAUAUUUCUUAAUACAA